AUGAUAGCAAGAGAACUGCACAUAGUGAGAAACUGCAGAGGUGAGGGAGGAUGACGUUCUCGUAUUAACUUGAAAUAUCCAACUGUAUUUUUUGAAUCCAUCAUUCCUCUCCUCUCUUUUGACCCAAAUGGUAGCUGGGAAAGCAACAUGGAAAUAUUUACACCAUAUGGUUAGGACAUCUACCCAUUGUAGUACUGUCUGGAUUCCAAGCAGUGAAAGAAGCGCUCAUUGACCACUCUGAAGAAUUAGACGAGCGACCUGAGACUCCUUUACUUAGGACUCUGAUAAAAGGAAAGGGUAAGUAGUGAAGAAUAAGAAUUCCUACUGGUAUUUUCUGAAGAUGAAACAUUUAAAGGGCUGUCCAGAAAAACAGAACAAAGGUUCUCUAUUACUGCUGCACACAACGGAAAAUGCAUUACCUAGGAGCCAACACCUAGGGGCUGAGGUCAUUCGGAGUGGCUAGUCCUCAUGCUAUCAAAUGACACAUUCGUUUGGGUGCAUGUAAACCUGGCUUCAGCACAUGUGAAGAUUUGAUUGAUUAUGACAUCUCUAAGAAACUCAAUACACUGCUUCUCUCAACAAGCUCUUCCAACAUGUUUUGGGCAUGGACUCAUGUGGCAAAUAUAACAUGUGAACUUUGCAAUCACAUAGUUACUAUCAUCACUAUUAAUUAUGAAUUGCAUUUUGCAUGUAUGUCUCAAGGCAACUUACAGAGAUAUAAAAACAGUUUAAACUAUGAAUAAUCAUAGUUUAGAGGUCUCGGGCCCUAAGUAAGUCAGAUUAUCCUCCACCAGGGCCACAAUGUGAGUUACUGUGGGGCUGGCCUGCCCAAUAAUUCCUAUCACUAACUCCACAGUUUAUUACUGGUGCUAAGUGCUCCUCCAGAAAACGUUUUUUAAUUGCACAUUCAUAAUGAUUUGUGCUCAUAAUACUUUCAAGGUGGUUGUAUCCAACUUCAUUGUCAAUACUAUUUAUGCCUGCAAAGAUUUUGAGGUGAUCAUACAGUUUCAUUUCCAUUCUGUCACAUCCUUUAACUUUCUGCUGAAAACUACAAAUGCACAAACUUAUUUUUAUCCCACUUUCGUUGCAAUAUAGUUUCCCCAGACAGAAAUAAUGCAGUAGUGUUCAGGCAGCGUUGCAGAAGAAUUAACAAAGCAGAAUAUAUCCACCAUUGAUGCAUUACGUCUUGUUAAAAAUAUGGUGCAGAAUUCACCCUCAGCAAAAAACCCCAAACCUGUCUAGCUGGACCAGUAGAAGUAGUAACUGGUUGACACUACACAUUAAAUCCUUAAAAACAGUGUCGAAAAAUUGGCUGAAUUGGGUUUGUUUCGUUUUCCAUACUUUUAUUGAAACUUUUCAGCAACGCUCACUAAACAAACAAACAAAAAAAGUAAAAGAUAGAGAGAAAUGCCAAGCCCUCUCUCAAACGUAGGUCUUAAAUCUUGUCUCACACAGAAGGGAGUGGACCCUCCCAGCUCUCACCUGGGUGCUUCCCUUUCUUUCCCCAGUCUCCCACCCUGGGAGAUCUUUCCUUCUCUGCCUCUCACACAGGGUCUUUCACCAGCCGGCUAUCACCUUCAAGUGUGUACCCAAUAGUCCUCCUCCAUUCCAGUAUGGUGACUUUAUUUCCCAAAAAAUUCCAACCAUUCCUCCAUGUUUUUUUUUUAUAAAAAACAAAUUCUUCAUUUCUAUUUAAACAGGAAUCUCUGCACUGUAGUCAUAUACAGUGGUACCUCAGGUUAAGUAUUUAAUUCGUUCCAGAGGUCCGUACUUAACCUGAAACUGUUCUUAACCUGAAGCACCACUUUAGCUAAUGGGGCCUCCUGCUGCUGCCGUGCCGCCAGAGCCCGAUUUCUGUUCUCAUCCUGAAGCAAAGUUCUUAACCUGAAGCACUAUUUUUGGGUUAGCGGAGUCUGUAACUUGAAGCGUAUGUAACCGGAAGUGUAUGUAACCUGACUUACCACUGUACAAUAUUAAAAAAUAACCCAUAGUUAUUUACUUGUUGUAUAUUCAUUAUUUUACACCCAGUUUUAUAUCUUGUGAUCCCAUUUCCUGUAGGCAGUGAUUUUCCAUCCUAAUUUAGGAAGAGAGAAAGAAAAAAGCUCCUUCCAUUUCCACCACUUCCAUUCUUUUCCCAAUAGCAUCACCAGAAGCUUGAUAGAUAGAAGUGAAAUUUGAUCGUGAUGGCCUUCCAUGGAAAGAUCUAAACUUGUCGACAUCACAAUGUAUCAGAUACCAGUUUUCUCUUCAAAAAUCAAAAUGGCAGAGCUGUCGAGAAAUCUCAUUUUUUGCUGAUACAGUAAAGUGAGCAUGCCUGUGACGUCAUUCUGAGCGUCUGCGCAUGUGCGAGCAGCAAAACCCUGAAGUAACCUGUUCCGUUACUUCCGGGUCACCGUGGGAGGCAACCUGAAAAGAUUUAAGAUUUAACCCGAAGCGACUUUAACCCGAGGUAUGAUUGUUGUUAUUUCUCACUGAUUUUCCAUAGGUAUUGCAUUAUCAAAUGGUCACACCUGGAGGCAACAGAGACGCUUUGUUGUAGUCACUCUGUGGAAGCUGUGGCGGGAAAAGAAAGGCAUGGAGCACCAAGUAGCAGAGGAGGCCCAUCAGCUCGUGGAGGCUUUUGCACGUUCAAAGGGUAUGUGAUGCUAAGUGAUGGUGCUGAGCUGGCAUAUGGAGAUAUAUUUGUGUCCUACCUCUGUCCAUUUUAGAAAGGAAUGUGAUAUGCUUUUCUUGGUUCCUAAUGGAGAUUCCAGCAGUUUCUCUUGGCCACCAUGAAUCCCCACUCUCAGUAUGAACUGGACCAGCUGAGCUAACAUUAGUAUAACUUUAUUUUGCAGGACAGCCACUUGACCCCUCCAUGCCCAUCACUACUUCAGUCGCCAACGUGCUAUAUGCUGUGACUUUUGGGAACCGGUUUGCUCUUGAAGAUGAACGGUUCCAGAAGCUGAUAGAAGCCAUAGAAUUUUCCCUACAAUUUGUAUGUAGCUUUGGUUAUGCUGUGAGUAGUCAUUUCCAUUCCUGCCAAACAGGUCUCCCAAGGGCUUUAAUACCACAAAUCAAUAUUCUGAUAGAGGGUUGUAGAAGUGAGAUCAGGUUUAAAUUGAUCUGAGAUAAGGGCUACUUACUAUCUCACAGCCUGAUCAAUUGCUCAUGAUUAUCAUUGAGAUCAAAAACACACCAAAACCCCCCAUAAAAAACAACAAAAGAAGACUUUGUCCACCACAGGAGACUCUUUGGAGGGAAGAUGGGACAAAAAUGGAACAAUGACCUUCAGAAUAGGUCAUCUAGAGCCCACCAAGGGGAAGAGAGGUGAACAAAAUAAUCUUCUCAAGAAGGGAAUUACAUCGUUUUGUUGCCAUCAUGGAAAACUAAAUGUGUCUACUCUAUACCCACCUAGCAGUGGCAAUCAUGGUGAGGCCCCUGCAGCCACCACUUGGCUGGAAUUUUUCUUUAAUGAAAGAGAGACCAGCAACUCAAACACUAUCACUAUUGCUGAGGAAAGCAGCCCCCUUCUGUAUGAUCAACUAAACCCUUUCCUCAAAUUUAAGUUCAGUUCUCCACAUUUCUACAUCCAUUCCUAAUCUGUAAAAAAAAAAAGUACUCAUGAAACAUACUUGAAUUCCCCCCAUCCCUAUUCUCCACCCACCUCCAACUACCACAAACGGGCACUAACUUGUUCCAGGAGAGGUCCUGAGAUCGUGCCCAGUUUUGAAAUUAUGCCGGGGAGCUGGAAAAAUAUUUUGAGCCAUACUUUUCUUUCACAUUUUCAGCUAGCGAUAAUUCACAGAAUCCAAUCAUUGUGGGAUUCCAGAGAAGCUAUAAACACGUUCCUUCUUCUUAGUGAGACUCAAACUAAUAUGCUAGCCCUGAAGAAUAAUGCAGAUCAUGUUUGUAAGUGCAAUUCGAAAGCACAAAUGGUUUGAACAAGCUUCCUCAUGGUAAUGGCAGCAUUUCUGCUAUCUUUCCUUUAGCUUUAUGAAAUGCUCCCGUGGCUCAUGAAACAUCUCCCAGGGCCCCACAAGAAGUCUUUCUCCUGCAUAGAGAUGGUGCGUUCAUUUGCAAAGCAGGAGAUAGAGAAGCAUAAGGAGAAUCAGUCUCUGUAUGAGCCACAGGAUCUCAUUGAUUUCUAUCUAUUUCAGAUGGAGAAAGUAAGUAUCUGCUUGAAACCGAAUGCUGCUCAUCCAAGGAAUCAUUAUAUUCCAUGUUAUGAGUGAACAGAGAGAGGAGCUGAGGGAAGUCUGGGGGGGCGGGGGUGGUAGGGCUGGUUUUCUUUUCGAGGAGGGGAAAAUAGGGGGGGAAUGAGGAUGAUACGUUUUUGAUUAAUUGGUAUGUUGAAAUCUUUAAUAAAAAAUAAAAAAAUAAAUAUAAGUGAAUACUAAUCUCUUGCCAGGACACCAAUAUCUCUCUCUGCCCCCCCCAUUCCCCCAUAGUCAUUUUAAUUGCUAAAGUGAGUUGACAUCCUUCCAUAGGCAUCUACUAAAAUAGCUAGGAAAGGAGAGAUAUUUUCAUGUACAAAUGUGAAUGCAAAUGAGUAUCUGCUUCAAAACUGUAGGCAGCGCAUUCAAGGAAUCAUUAUAUUCCCUGUUAUAUGUGAAUACUAAUCCCUUGCCUGGAAACCAGUACAGUGGUACCUUGGUUCUCAAACUUAAUCCGUUCCAGAAGUCUGUUCCAAAAUCAAAGUGUUCCCAAACUGAGGCAUGCUUUCCCAUAGAAAGUAAUGGAAAACGAAUCCAUUCCAGACUUUUAUAAACAAACCCUAAAACAGCAAUUUAACGUGAUUUUUUCUAUCUAAUGAGGCCAUUGAUCCAUAAAAUGAAAGCUUUAAUCACUGUACUGUACUAUAAAAUAAAUAAAACAGUAUUGUGGAUGAUAACAAUUAAAAUUAAAAUUCUUUCUUACCUGCGCUGAUGAUAGUCAUUGUUUGGAUGGUGGGUUUUUAUCCAUUUCCGUAGUCGCUCAAUCAAUCAAUCAAUCAAUCAAUCAUAAAAUGAAGAACAAGCUACAGUCACAAAAAUGAAAAGGCCACACAAACAAAAUCGCAAAAAAUAGCAAAAACAAAAGUACCAAAUAUAAGCUCCAAAUAUCACCUCAUGACACUUCAAUCGGAAAUGGAAGGCUUUGAUUACAAUGGGGAGGGGGCAGAAAUUAGCAGCGCAACAGUGAAAAUGGAAGCUCAGGAGCACAUUCAGAUUCCGAAGCAAAGUUCUUAAAUCGAAACAUUGACUUCCAGGUUUGCAGCAUUCAAGUUCCAAGUUGUUCGGGAACUAAGCUGUUCAAAAACCAAGGUACCAGUGUAUCUUUUUUUCUGAAUCUCAGUUGAAAAUGGCAUUGAGUUCCCUCCAAAUAUUUCUCAUAGUCAAUUUAGUUGCUCAAGUGGGUUGACAUCCAUCCAUAAGCAAAUAUAGAAAUGUCUAGGAAAUGUGAGUGGAAAGGAGUGGAAACUUAAGUGUAUUAUGGGGUCUUCCUUUGGAGCAUUUUUUGGAUUGAUGUUUAUCUGACAUUCAAAUGUGGACUGAGAAAACAGAAAAUCCAAAACAAAAUAUUCUUAAACUAAACUGAGGAUGCCUCCAUGAAGUUUUAAAUUUAUUUUUCUGUCAAACGAGUGUGUUGGUAAUAGUAGCCUGUUGGUUUUUGGUGAGUUUACCAGAAGUCUGGUAGGGACUUCUGACAGGAGCUUUACAAGAUUGUUUUUGAUAGCGAAGCCUACCUCAUAUAUUUGACAUUCUUGUUCAGAUAGACCUUUCCAGAAGAAUGUGUAGCCUCCUUUUUCUUCCUUCAGUUGUCCCUUGCCUGCUCUUUGAGUCUCUUGAAGCACUGCAAUAUUGAUGUUAAAACAUCACAUCUCUCUUGCAAUGAUGGCAGUUCUGCGUUCAGGAUGCUCAUUAUCUGUGUUAUAUCUGUCCAUAUAUUCCAUGUUCCAAAGUUCAAUUGUCUUUUACCACCGCUGGGUGGUGACCCCACUGGGCGUGGUAAUCCAGUCAGGGAAAAAGAGAGGCAGACUAUGUUUAGGGCACCCUUUCUAGCCUCUCCCCCAUUUUGGAGGGAGCAGAGUAGAUCCUAAAAAGGGCUGCUCAGUCAUGGAUACAGCUGCCGAGCUGCUCAACUGCCUUGUUCCUUGAGUCAGAAUGACUGAAUCUGUAUCCACCGCCCAUGUGCUGUUUCAUGACUAAGGGCUUCCAGAUUUCACAAUCCUGCCCCUGUUACCAUAUGCUGAUCACCAUGGAACUUUGGGUGUUUGGGUUUGGGAUGGGUUUUUUGGAAGACGCCUGUACAUGAAUUUGUUUUAUGUCUAUAGAUCAGUGCACACUAACCAAUGAACAGUCUUCACAGUAAGGCUCUGUUCUGAUGGCAUGAGUUGUCAUGGCAACCGGUAAAUUCUUAUCUGCUGCAGCUUUCAUCCACCUUUACAGACGUUGUAACAUACCACUUGUUAUCACCCACCUGUUCUGCCGUUGAUGACUUCUUGGGUCAUUCUUUGUCUAGCUCCUCCCCUUUGACCUUACCGCCUUGGGUGACCCUGCUGGGAGUACGAGAUUCCCAAUGGCUUCACUCACAAGGGUCAUAGGAAUGUGCAAGCCCACUCACCACGAAAGGGUGAUGAUCCAGCGAGUGAGGGCAGCAACAUUAAGGGGGGGCGGCGGCAGCAGCUUCCCAUUUCACCUUAGGCACUAUAAGAGGACACCCCACCUCUCAUGAAGCACGUGUGGCCACCCUGGUAUGGUAAUAAGUGGGGGAAGGAAGAUAAAGUGCUGAAGGACAGAAUGUAAUGCAUGUAAAUGACAUGUCACUUUCCCCAUUUUCAACACCAGAGCAGGAAUGACCCAGAGUCCACCUAUGAUGAAGAAAACUUGACCCAGUGCAUUUUUGACCUCUUUGUAGGAGGGUCGGACACAACUACGUGUUCUCUGAAAUGGGCACUUCUCCUCCUGGCAAGUCAUCCAGAUAUCCAAGGUGAGAGAGGAGAGCCAGGGCUUCUCUUGACCACUAGGGUGGAGCAUAGUUCUUUAAAGGUUUCAUAAGGAAGCCUACAAUAGUAGGGUUGGAAGGGACCCUAAGGGUCUUCUAAUACAACCCCCUGCAAUGCAGGAAUCAACACAUUCCCCCCUCCAGUUUGAUUCCAUUCCACAACCUGUUUUGUUUUGCAAAUCAGCUAGCAGUUUCUUUAUGCAGCAAAUGUACAAGAAUGCCCCUGCUGUGAGAUAAGUGACUGAGCCUCAUUCCUGCCUCUCCGUGCUCCAUUACAUGAGGGAUGCGGGUGGCACUGUGGUCUAAAGCACUGAGCCUCUAAGGAUUGCUGAUUAGAAGGUUGGCAGUUUGAAUCCAUAAGACAGGUGAGCUCCUGUUGCUCUGUCCCAGCUUCUGCCAACGUAGCAGUUCGAAAGCAUGCCAGUGUAAGUAAACAGGUAGUGCUGCGGUGGGAAGGUAAUCAGUAUUUCUGUGUGCUCUGGCACUCAUCAUGGUGUCCAGUUGUGCCAGAAAUGGUUUAGUCAUGCUGGCCACAUGACCCGGAAUGCUGUCUGUGGAUAAACACCAGCUCCCUAGGCCUGAAAGCGAGAUGAGCGAAGCACCCCAUAGUCUACUUUGAUUGGACUUAACCGUCUAGGGGUCCUUUACCUUUACCUUUAUAUGAGUGAUGCUAGCCAAAGAUCAGAUGAGGAAAUGAGUAUUAGUGAAACUAAGUAGGAAAUAUUGAGGGCUGGGGGUGGAGCCUUUGAUCCCAGCCCUUCAGCAAAUCCAGCCAGCUCUGGUAACCAGAAACAACUGCGAUGAGCUUCACUUUCAGCCUUUUCACACCUGGGAUCUAGAGUGGGGAAGAACCAUGUACACAGAUGAGCUCUUUGGAGGACCAGGUGACCUAAAAAUGCAAGAAACUGGGACUCAUUCACAGAGAUUUAUGGAAUAUGUUCAAGGGAAUUAAAUGUCCAUCUGAAAUAAAAUGCAGUAUUCACAAUAAAACUUCUGUUUCCAUCAUUCUCUUCAGAUAAAAUGCACAAGGAAAUAGAAGAUGUCAUAGGUUCUGCUCACUCAAUCUGCUAUCAAGACAAGAAGAAACUGCCCUACACUAAUGCUGUGAUUCAUGAAAUACAGCGCUUUAGACCUGUCAGUUUUUUGGGGUUGCCUAGGCAAUGUACAAAGGAUUUCAAGCUGCGUGGUUUUCUCAUUCCCAAGGUAUAACAGUGUGAUAUAGCUGCACUCCUGUAGCCCAAGAGCAAAGUGCAGCAGAAGGUUUCAUAUUGAGAGAUGCAGCCAGCCAUACAGGAACUUCCUGUCUAGUCAAAAAUAUGAAGGGCAAGAGCAGGAGCUCCAUCUGCAGACAUGUUUCACCAUCAGCAAGUGCCAUUCCAUGGGGCAAUUGUGGCAGGGGAGAAGCAGGUAGUGGCCAGAGGUCUCAGCCUGCUUGUGAGCUUUCAUUUUAAAAGAGGUGGGGGAAAGUCCCCUUGUGUCCUGCCUGCACAGAAAGUUUUUACAGUGAUGAAUACAAAGCCACCCACCAUAAUAAUAAUAAUAAUAAUAAUAAUAAUAAUAAUAAUAAUUAUUCAGAUCAGUCUCUGCAAUGAUUAGUCUUGGGAUAGUGUGGGACAAUAAAAAAAAAGUAUUGAUGUGAAUGCAUUCCAAGUCACUUGUUUCUUAUUUGCAGGGGACUAUUAUUGUUCCCGAUCUGCGCUCUGUUCUUCUUGAUCCAACACGAUGGGAGACACCUGCAAAGUUCAACCCAAAUCAUUUUUUGGACAGGGAUGGACAAUUCGUGAACAGAGAAGAAUAUCUCCCAUUUGGUGCAGGUAAACACAGAAGAACAAGCUACGUUGUGAUCUGUAGAUGUGCUUACUGGUCUGCUUCCAGGAAAUGACAUCAGCAGCAGCACAGGAGGGAGUGGGCACUGCUGGUCAGCAGAAUGGGGCAAAGCACUGGAAAGUUAAGGGGAUCUCUAGGUUGGUGGCUUGGGACCCACACAUGCACGUACACUUAUGUGGUCUCCAUCUGCACCUCCCUACAUUUGCCACCCCUGCCCUGUCCCUGAGAGAGGCAGCACUGCCAGCACCAGGAUAGUGCUGUUCCCUGUCACACAUCACCACUGCAAGCCACCCAACUUCUCUUCAGGCAGCAAUGCUAGUUCCUACCAAGGUGAAGUAAACCUGGCAGGAGAGUUUGCUCCAUGGUCUUAACCACUUUCUGCAUUGCUGAUUUGGGCAGUUGACCAAAAUUUCCCUUUCAUUUUUUUAAAUCAAGUUUUAUUAAAAAGCAUUAUACAUAAGACACAAUAAAAAUCAUACUAAUUUAAAAAGGGAAAAUAGAAAAAAGAUUAGGAAAGAAAAAAUAGAAAGGAAAUAAAGGAAAUUACAGAGUCCUCUAUCAAAAUUAAAUCUUCACCCUUAUUCUGCACACAGAAAAGUGAGCCCUCCCAGUUCUCACUGGGAGCUAGACCCUCUUACACUGGCUUCUAGCCCUGGAAGAUGCUCUCUGCCCUGCCCCUCCCACAGGACCCUUCAUCUUCAAUCCAUCCUCUUCCUGAAUGUAUCUUCCUUGAUAUGAGAUAGGGAACUUCAAAUUACAGAACAAAGCAUAAGUAUAACAAGAAGAAAGGAAGGUUAGCACUGACCAGGCUAGAAAACUGACAGCAGCCUUGAUGUUUUCCCUAUCCUAACUAUGUCUAUUUUGCCAAAGUGUUAUGCAGAAUGCUUAUAGCUACAAAGCAAUGAACAUGGGAAAGUAAAUUAUUGCUCACUUACUGCCUUCUUCUUGUCUCCUCCUCAGGGGCUCGCAUAUGUAUGGGAAUGCAGGUGGCAAAGAUCGAAAUAUUCAUCUUCCUGACCAGCCUGCUGAGGGCAUUCAGUUUUCAGCUGCCAGAAGGAGUCAAAGAGCUCAAUCAAGAGGCUAUAAUAGGGAUUAUAGCACAUCCCCAUCCAUAUAAACUCUGUGCUGUUCCCCGUUGCAACACAUAA